AUGAGCGAAUCUAAUAAUAUAAACAACAACUAUGUCGACGGUGUCUAUCAGCCGGAGGAUUAUUUUGAUAACAUCAAUCAUAAUCCUCCAAUUCAAAUGCCCAUUAAUCCGCAAGCUCAAUCUCAGGCGCAACAUUUCCGUCCUCAUGCUACAUCCUUUCCCCUCCAUGGUAAUGUUGAUAUAAAUAUUAUCGAUUACGGAAAUAACGAAAAUAUAAUAUCGUAUCAGAGUAAUCCCUCAGUUUCUUACUACUAUCCGGGCGUAGAUACCUCCAUGAAUGGGCCAUUGAAUACACCGUUUCGUAAUCAAGUUGCAAGUUACGAAAACAGCUUUUGUCCACUCUGUGGCUUUUCCAACGGAUAUUUCGAUAGGAUUGACCGAUCUAUUACGCAUACUUUUACACAAAAUUCUAACGUAAUGAACGAGUCCACAAGCAGAGAAUAUACAGUCAUAAGAGAAGUACGAAUUCAAUUUGUGCUGGGCACACUACCAGCUACUGCUAGUUUUGAUGAAGUGUUAGCUUUAAUUCAAAAGUGA